AUGUCGUCGAGGGAUGUGUGUCAGCCCGUCCACUACUCCCUUGCCGCAAUGAUGCUUCUUUUGCUCUACCUCAUCUAUCUCUUUGAAUGCUUCAACUGCCGCACACGACUGGAGCUCGCCACGGCCAUUGAAGUCACCCAAAUCGCCGCCCGCAUCGCUGUGGCAGUAAAGCACGAUCCGAAGUUGUGGUGGUUCUGCCUCUCCUACCACUUUGUUCGGCGUCGAAGUCGCAGAUGCCACUGUCGUCCGAGAUACACAGAAGUUCGCUUCACCGCCGGCACAGAGACCAGCUUGCACAGGGGUGAGACUGCAGCUCUGAGCACAGAAGCGCAUGAUCGGGUUAUUACCUUCGCGAAACAGCACUUCAUCACCGAGACCACCACUUUCAAGUGCGUUUGGUGCGAUAAGUCGCCAAGAAUUAGUUGGGACGAGUGGUGGGACGCCGCAGUCCAUCUGACUUUUGUGAAGGAAUUCAUUUUUGCCAAUGAGGCCACCAGACAACAAUACGAAGGGCAUAAAAAAAGCUUCAUGAAACUACAACAGUCCAAUGAUGACUUUAUAGAGAUAAGGGAAGGUGCGUUUCUCUAG